AGAAGGAGAAGAAGAAGAAGAAGAUGUUUGUGUUCCUAAAAUCGUUGUCAAGAGCCGUCCACGAAGAGCAUCAGAAUUAUCCGCCGGAGACGGAGGUCGAUACUGAAGGCGCGUGCACCUCACUUACAGUUUGGAGAAAAUCACUUGUAAUGAGCUGCAAUGGAUUCACCGUUAUCGAUUCCAACGGCAACUUGGUUUAUCGCGUCGAUAAUUACACGGGAGGAUGCGCCGACGAACUUACUCUCAUGGACGCCGCCGGAAAAUCCCUUCUCACUCUCCAUCGCCACAAGAAGCUUGCGAUGGUAAAUAGAUGGAGUGUGUACGAAGGGGAUGAUGCGGAUGAUUAUUGCGAUACAGGAAAAAGAAAAAAGUUAGUGAAGAGACCUAUAUGGUAUGUGAAGCAGAGCAGUAACAGAGUAUUGCAAUCGAACUCACAUGUUCUUGCGUAUGUAUACGGAGGAGAAUGUGAUAAGAGAUGUAGGUACGUGAUUCAAGGAUCGUAUACUCAUAGAUCGUGCAAAGUGAUUGAUAUGUCGAAUAGAGUAGUUGUAGAGAUCAAGAGGAAGGAGGCGAGGGUGGGAGGAGUUUCUUUCGGGAUGGAGGUUUUUGUUUUGGUUGUCAAAGCAGGGUUUGAUCCUGGAUUUGCUAUGGGUCUGGUUGUGUUGUUAGAUCAGAUGUUUACAUAGUUCUUAAUUUUGUUUUUAUCUGAUUCUUUGUUUAGAUGUGUGAUUUCAGUAUAUGUUCACUAGUUAACUGAAAACGCAAGCGAUACCCAGUGAUUAAAUCACACUCUUCUGCUUCCAUUUCUUUA